CAACUCCCAGAAUUCCCAGCUAUCGUUGAUGACGCAGUCAAAAGUGGACCAACACGGUCCCUCACACCGAGUAACUGCCUGACUUUAUAUUAUUAUUACGUAUAUUGUUUACUUGAAAACAUUUAUCCACUAGUGGAAAGCAAAAGUGGUUAUGGCUGCUCCGCUGAAAGUAUGUAUUGUUGGUUCAGGAAACUGGGGCUCUGCAAUUGCAAGAAUUAUUGGAACCAAUGCACAGAAACUCCAGCACUUUGCCACCGCAGUCAAGAUGUGGGUUUAUGAAGAAAUGGUCAACGACAAAAAGCUCUCUGAGAUCAUCAACACAGAACACGAGAAUGUCAAGUACCUCCCAGGCUACAAACUCCCAAAGAAUGUGGUUGCAGUGCCACAGCUUCGGGAUGCCGCAGAGGGUGCCGACCUCCUGGUUUUCGUGGUCCCUCACCAGUUCAUCCGGAAACUGUGCGAUGAGAUGGUGGGAUGUGUUUCGGAGAAGGCUCGUGGAAUUACAUUAAUCAAAGGCAUUGAUGAAGGACCAGAAGGAUUGAAGCUCAUCUCUGAUAUCAUUCGGGAAAAAAUGGGCAUUGAUAUCAGCGUCCUAAUGGGGGCCAACAUUGCCAAUGAAGUGGCGGCCGAGAAGUUCUGCGAGAGCACCAUUGGCAGCAAGGUGUUGGAGAACGGCCUCUUGUUUAAAGAGCUCCUGCAGACACCUAACUUCAGAAUCACUGUGGUGGAUGAUGCUGACACAGUAGAGCUCUGUGGAGCCCUUAAGAACAUUGUUGCAGUGGGCGCAGGCUUCUGUGAUGGUCUGCAGUGUGGAGACAACACCAAAGCAGCUGUCAUUCGGCUGGGAUUGAUGGAGAUGAUCGCCUUCGCCAAACUCUUCAGCAAAGACGAUUCUGUAUCUUCCGCCACAUUCCUCGAGAGCUGUGGCGUGGCUGACCUCAUCACCACCUGCUACGGAGGACGAAACCGGCGCGUGGCAGAGGCUUUUGCCAAGACAGGGAAGAGCAUCGAGGAACUGGAGAAGGAGAUGUUAAAUGGACAAAAGCUUCAGGGACCAUUGACUUCUGCUGAGGUCUAUCAUAUCCUCAAACAGAAGGACCUAGUGGAUAAGUUCCCCCUGUUCACGGCUGUUUAUCAGAUCUGUUUCGAGGGCAAGCCAGUUCAGGACAUGAUCACCUGCCUGCAGAGCCAUCCAGAGCACCUGUGAGAGUACCACAUUGUCCCCCUUCUCCACCAUCAUCCCCUAUGGUCUGUUAGGUUGACCUACCUCUAACAUUUCUCAUUUUCUGUUUACUUUAUAUACUUAUACAAUGUUAUUUCUUAAGCUUCUUUUUUGUCCCAGGUCCAGUUCUACACUAAUGGCUAGGCUUGAACUCAGGGGUUUGUUUCUGACCUUGCAAGUUUUGUUGUUAUCAAACAUGACAAUGAACUCCAAGAGAUUUUUCAGAAAAGCCAUUUGUUGUUAUCUACUCUGUGUGAACAGUUAUGGAGUUUUUAACUAUUUUCUCUCUGUCUGACUGCCCUCUUGUGGAUGGUCCACAAUAUCACCUCACUGACAGAUGAGAUGAAAUGCCUCUUUAUAAAUUACUAUAGAGAUCUCUUCAUAGAGGCUCACUACACGUCCAUAUUGAGAGCAACACGACACGACUAGAAUGCCUCUGUUACAGUCUUUAAUAUCCUGUAGAACCAGCAUGAUACCAGUUUUUUGAUACUUUCACAUAUUUGUUCGACACAGGCAUAAGCUAGGUUUAAAACUAAGUAUGCAAUUCAAAUUGCUUAGUUUCUGAUUAAUAAAUAAUGAAACCGCCAUUUACACUGAACAUUUUGGCACACGUUAGAUGAAGUAAAACUAGAUUUCUGUGAAGAUGCCUUUUAACUCCUCACAGGUCAGUGAAUACUUGAAUGGACUCGCUAUGGGUUUGAGGUUGUUUUUGUUUUGAGGGGAGAUUUUGUUUUGUUUUAAAGGACAAUAUAUUCUAUAAAGGGGGCUCAAAUCUGCUAUCUCAAUUUCCCAGCAACCCCCUUUUAAGACUAAGUGCUUUCAAGACAGUGGGAACAUGAAAACUUGUUAUAGAAUGACAUAGUUGACUACGUCUUAUCACACAUUAAAAACAAUACAAUGUUACAUAUCUAAGCUUCAACAGUGCAUUGAAAUCCUCUUAGAAACCCCCAUUUAUUGAUAACCUAUGUAGUAACUGUUUUAGCAUCCUGAAAAGCUGAUCAACUACCACAUCUACGGUUCCUGUUUUAAUAAUUCACAUUUCUAUGAAGAUUGGCAUUAAAAUACUAAUGUAAUCUUUAGUUGUACUAAGCAAAGAACGAAGGAAUGAUUUAGUAAGAUCUGUAGUGUUCACAUGAGGGAGAGUGUUACGGGAGCAGCUAGUGUUUGGAUCCAUAAUGGCCUUCUUUUUUAGCACUAUACUGUGCU